AUGAUUUCAGCCAUCUCCAGCCCCUGGCUCACCCAGCUGUCCCAUUUUUGCGAUGUUGCAGCUUUCACGGCCAACAGCCUGAGCAGCCUGAACGCCUCCGGCGGCUACCACCUCUCCCCUUCCCCGGGGGACCCCUACGGGCAGCCCGAGCCGCCGCACUACGAGCCCUGCUCGGCCCAGCAGCACCCGCACCAGCACGGCUACCCGUUCGGGGGCGGCCCGGGCUCGGGCCCCAACCCGCCGCCGCCCGGCCCGGAGCCACCCGAGAGCGGCGGCGGCGCGGCUGCUUCGGGCUGCUCCGCCGCGCCGGCGGCCAAAGCGCCCGUCAAGAAGAACCCCAAGGUGGCCAAUGUCAGCGUGCAGCUGGAGAUGAAGGCGCUGUGGGACGAGUUCAACCAGCUGGGCACCGAGAUGAUCGUCACCAAGGCCGGCAGGCGCAUGUUCCCCACCUUCCAGGUGAAGAUAUUUGGAAUGGACCCCAUGGCUGAUUACAUGUUGUUAAUGGAUUUUGUACCCGUGGACGACAAAAGAUAUCGAUAUGCCUUCCACAGCUCCUCCUGGCUGGUGGCCGGCAAAGCUGACCCUGCUACCCCAGGGAGAGUUCAUUAUCACCCCGACUCUCCUGCUAAAGGAGCCCAGUGGAUGAAACAAAUAGUAUCCUUCGAUAAACUGAAGCUGACCAACAAUUUAUUGGAUGACAAUGGGCACAUCAUUUUGAACUCCAUGCACAGAUACCAGCCUCGUUUUCAUGUGGUCUACGUGGACCCCAGGAAAGACAGCGAGAAGUAUGCAGAGGAGAACUUUAAAACGUUUGUGUUCGAGGAGACCCGCUUCACCGCCGUGACCGCCUAUCAGAAUCACAGGAUCACACAACUCAAGAUUGCCAGCAACCCCUUCGCUAAAGGAUUCAGAGACUGUGAUCCAGAAGACUGGCCCAGGAAUCACAGACCAGGGGCCCUUCCUCUGAUGAGUGCUUUUGCCAGGUCCAGGAAUCCAGUAUCUUCCCCUGCACAUCAGAAUGGGACUGAGAAAGACGCUGCGGAGAGCCGACGGGAGUACGAGCGGGAAGCGGCCAGCGGGACCCCUCUGCACGCCGACCCCGCGCACCAGCAGCUCAUGUCGCGGGUGCUGAGCCCGGCCCUGCCCGUCCCCGGCGCGGGGGGCCUCGUCCAGCUCAGCAGCACGCCCGGGAGCCGGCCCAGCCCCCCGCACCACGAACUGCGGCUGGAGCCCCCCGCCUCGGAGCCCCUGCACCAUCACCCCUACAAGUACCCGGCGGCGGCCUACGACCACUACCUGGGGGCGAAGAGCCGGCCCGCCCCCUACCCCUUACCCAGCAUCCGGGGCCACGGCUACCACCAUCACCACCACCACCACAUGGGCCCGCCGCCGGCCAACGUGUACUCCUCGGCGGGCGCGCCGCCCAGCUACGACUACGGGCCGCGGUAA